AAAAAGCAGCGCCCAUGAAAGCAUUUGUGACGUCACCAUCUCCCUCUCCAAAUAUUGUGCGAAUCUUCAAACAGAACAACCUCAACCACCAUGCAGAGAAGCCCGUUCUAAUCUGAAGUGUGACAUAUCCAUCGAACCUCGUCUCUGUACAAAAGCCAAUUCAAGAUGCCGACCCUCAAAGACAAGAACGGCGAACCGAUUCACGAAGGAGACCAUGUUUUUGCCCGCUCGCGAGGCGGCAGACAUGAGGGGGAGGUGGAGAAGGUUGUGACGACGGAGAAGGAGGCGGAGAAGGAAGGGGUGAAACACCCUCCUAAGGUGCUGUUUACGGAUCAGCACGGACAUCAUGUGCAGCAUAAUCCUGAGGCGUUGCAGCAUGGAGUGUAUAAGAAGGCUGAGUAGGAGGUGGAUUGCGGCAAUCUUUAUUGGGAAUCGUCAAGGAAUGGAAAGGAGGAGGAUGGGAGCAAGUUGUUGCGUGGAAAGGGCAGAGUUGAGAAAUCACCGGCGGUCCGGGUUGGUUGCUGGACAGGGUGUGACACGUUCAGGGAACUCAAAUAAAAUGCCUCUCGAAUAUCGUGUUCUGGAUCAUAAGUCAUAAUUCUGGUAAAGUACAAAAAGGAGGUCAUCAAGUCACC